UUGGCUUUAAUCAGUUAACCCCGAAAUUUCAUCGCUAUUGGAAGUUGUAGUAUCGAAAGUGAAAAUGCGUUCAGUGAUUCUGUUUGGCCUCAUUGUCUGCCUGGCUUUUAGCCUGGUUUUGGCUCUCGAGGAUUCCGACAGUCAGUCCAACGAUCUAUCGGCUGUGGAAAAGGAUAUUGGCCAAGCUGUGGAGUCCGAGGUGCGAGCUAAGCGUCAGUUAGGAUUUGGCAUACCAUUUGGAGGAUACGGUGGAGGCUAUGGAAGCCCUUUCUAUGGAGGCUACGGAGGCUACGGUAGUCCCUUCGGAGGCUACGGAGGCUAUGGAGGCUACGGAGGCUAUGGUCGUCACUUCGGACACCACAGAGGCUUUGGUGGCCCCUUCGGAGGAUUUGGAGGCUUUGGAGGUCCUUUCAUCGGAUAAAUCUACGACUAAAUAUUGUGCACCAAUAAACGAAGACUGAAGACUUA